AUGGAUAGUGCAGCUAGUACUUUCCGAUCUGAACACGGGAAAUUAGCUAAAAUUGCCAUUAUUAUAGAUAAUGCCACGUGGCACAACAAGUUGACCCCGGAAUCCGAACCAUCCAAGCGUGCUUGGAAAAAACAAUUAAUUGUUGAUUGGUUAAAUAACCGUCAAAUUAAAUUUGAAACUUAUAUGACAAAAGCCGAAUUAAUUGCAUUAGCUUUUAUUCAUUUACCACCAAAAGAAUACAUAGUUGAUAAAGUAGCAAGUAAAUAUGAUAUUGAAAUUGUGCGAAUGCCGGUGAAGCACUGUGUCUUGAUUCCAAUAGAACUUGGUUGGGCUGGUUUAAAAAAUUAUGUGAGAAAAUAUAAUGUACGUUUUAGUUUGAAUGAUAUUGCGCAACUUUUUAACGAGUGGUCCUGA